GUCACCGACCGUGCCGUCACGUCAGUCGGGGCUGGGAGGUGGAGGCGACCGCAUACCGCCGGUCCGCAGCGCGCCGUACCAUCGAUGCCGUACCGUUUCGUGCCGAUUCUCCUCCUCACCGCUUUGUGACUGUAUCCCCUGUGAUUGCGUGUGCCCGUUUCGCCGACCAGCUCUGCUCGCGGGGCACGUCGCCUUGCCUGCCCUGCCGCCCUCCAUCGCCCCAGGAUUGAUCCCAUGGAUGGGAAUAGCGCCGGGGGGAUGGCCGGGGGCCCCGGGCCCGGAGGGGCAGGUGCCGGCGCCGGAGCGUCCGCGCCCAGCCCGAGCAGCGAGCCGGGGCCCGGCAGCAGCCAUGGCCCCAGCCCGGGGACGGCCCACGGUCCAGGAUCCGGGACGGGGGCUGCCGCCGGCGCGGGGACCAACGCGACGGCCGCGGCCACGUCGCCGUCGUCUGCGUCCUCCUCCCCCUCCUCGGGGUGUGGCUGCCACAGCCACCCCGCCAUCAAUGCGAUCACGGUCACAGUGGCGAUGACCACGGGUGGCCAGUUUACGCUGCAAGUCGACCAGUUGGAAAGUGUGGAUACCCUCAAGAAAAUGGCUUCCAAGAAGCUGAGAGUGCCCAAGGAACGGAUAUGCCUUUUGUACCGAGAGAGGCAACUGUCCGGAGGAACUUUAUUAGACCACCAAAUUGUGAACGGCAGUAGACUAACGCUGCUGCCCAACGUGGAGACGGGCCUGCUGGCUCAGCGCCCGGAGCAGAGUGUGAUGCAGGCGCUGGAGAGCCUGAACGACGGACAGGUGAACGACUUCCUCUCGGGCAAGGCGCCCCUCAACCUCACGAUGCGGUUUGGCGACCACAUGAUGCUGAUCCAGCUGCAGCUCUCCACCGUAUCACCCCAGGCUUCGCGCAGUCGGGCCGCCUCUUCGUCGGCGUCCUCAACGUCGACCUCGAGUAGAGCCGUCUCCGUGUCGUCGACGGCCGCCCCUUCGUCAACCUCCACCACUACCUCCGCCUCGACGGGGUCGUCGUCGACGUCCCCCACGGCUUCCGUGCGGUCCAUGAGCACCGCCAGGGUGCGGCGCGCCAGUGCCGUCAUCCCGGGCCUCGUGCCCAAGUCAUCAUCCUCGCCGUCGUCGCCGAGCCGGUCUGUGACUGGCGACGCGGCGUCACCAAGCAUGGGCCCGCCGGCCACCCCCUCCCCCGCCUCCCCCACACGGCCUAGUGCCGCGGCCCCAACCUCCUCGUCGGCGCCGUCUUCGCCGACGCCCGGCUCCCCGUGUUCGGCGUCCUCGCCGACGCCCGAACCCUUGGUCGCGCUGCCCAGCGCGAACGCGUGUGAGGCGCUGCUCUCGCAGCUCAUGGACUCCGCCACGCAGGCCGUGAAGGCUUCGGCCUCGGCCCUCAGUGGUAACAGUGUGAGUGAUACCGCCAGGACUAACUUGUUCCGCGCCAUCGACCCCAGCUAUCGGACCAGUGACGAGGUGAAAAGUGACAAAAGUGGCUCCUCCCCGCCCUCGUCCUGCCCCUCCUCCUCAUCCUCCUGUCCCGCCUCCCCCAAGCAGAGCUCGCCCGUCACGCGGAAAGUGCUCAUCCGACCGGCGACGUUCCUCGCCGAGUCGACCUCCACCAACGCGUCGACGUGCACGUCGGCGUGCUCCACGCCUGUGCACACCUCCAGGUCCACCUCACCCAUGCCCUCGGCGUCUGCCUCGCCGCCACCCUCUGCCAACUCGUCCAACACCAAGGGCGUGCAGACGUGCCCCGAGGAGUCGUCGGGCACCUCCGCGUCCGGCACCUCCACAUCGACGUGCACGUGCGAGGCGUCGCGGUGCCCCAUGGCGUACCGGCAGGAGACCAGAGUCCACACGCGCGCCCUGGCCGAGGCGUCGCGCAACCUCAUGCAGACCCUGAAGCAGCUGUCUUCGGAGGUGCUCACCAACAGAGAGGAGGAGGACACCGCAGCUGCCCGACGCCGCCAAGGCGCCAUCAUAGAGAGUAUGCACAACCAUGGGAAAGGAGUUUACUCGGGUACAUUCUCAGGAACAUUAAAUCCAGCUCUUCAAGACCGCUUUGGGAGGCCGAAGCGUGAUAUUAGUACAGUAAUUCACAUUCUUAAUGACCUGCUGUGCGCGACGCCGCAGUACCGGCGCUCGUACCAGGGCUUACCUCAGAGCAACUUUGUCCUCGAACCCAACUCAUCGAGCACCUCAAGUACCACUCCUAGCUCGGGCGAGACCACUGACACCCAGUCAGCACCCCCUCAGUCGUCAGAUGACGCGGAGAACCAGGCCACGCGCGGUAAAGUGGAGCGCCUACGGCUGGUCAUGGAGGAGAGGCGGGAGCGGAGGCGGGCGCGGCGCGAGGCGCGCCACUCGCCGUACGGCUCGUCGCAGCCCCAGCACUGGACCGCCAAGUCCGAGACGCAGCCCGCCGGGAAGAGCUCCGAGGCCAUGGACACGGAUCAACCCCUGUGUGAUAUCAGCCCGCCUGAACCCGUCGUCGCCUGAACUGAUCCUCUCCUAAGCCUUCCCUUACUGAUAUAUGACUUUUCAUGCAAUUAGUUGAAAAAUAUAUAUAAUAUAUUGUGAAUAGGAAUGCCCUUUGACUUUAUCUUCAGACUGUAUACAAAAUUCUAUCAAAUUCCAUUGACACUAUUGUGAAGCGUUUGAGCUUUGUCAUGUUAUCGUGGAAGAAAGUUGCUUGAUAUGUAUUGUACACCUAAGGGUUAGCUAUAUUACACUUGGCCACCACCAGGGCCUCUAGUUUAGCAAAAUAUCAACUUCUAGUGAGAGCUCCAAUUUUUGUUAGCUCUAAUUAGUUGUUUGUUGAGGGUUAUAAUUAUCAAUUGUAGUCAAUAUUUGGACUUAGUAUUUCAGGUCUUCAAAAUCCCACCAAUGACCAUUAUCUAAGUGUAACUUGUAACUUAUAUUCCUCAUUUGCGUGUGUACUGCUACAAGUCACUUUUUUUUUUCAUAGCAAGACUCUCGCUGCCGGAACUAUAUGUUGAUGUAAGGGAUGUGUUUGCGCUGUGAAUUUUUUUUUUUUUUUUAAUUUUUCUUAAGUGCAGUCUGCACAGAAACUUAGUUUUGUUGGUUGUUGUUUCCUCUAUGUUGUAAAAUGUUUUGAUUGUUUAUUAUUUUUUCCUUGUGUGACAAAUGGUGUGCCUAAAGGUUGGCCCCAACAUUCUAUAUCCUGUUCAGUAAAAUUGUUUCCAUUCUUUGUUCACAUAGUAUAUUGAAUUUGUGAUUUUAAUGUAUAAUUUGUUUACCAUUAUUUGACAUUUUUCAGGCGGUUGGAUGUCUCUUUAUGUAAAUGCUGUGAAUCAGACUUAUGGUACAGCUCUGAUAAGAAUCCCUGUACUGUGUUGUCCAAUGUACUGAGCUACUGAGCUGUGUUGCGGUAGAUGAUUUUCUUCUUCCUUCCCCAUUUUCCUCUUGUCCCCUCCUUUCUUUCUUCUACCCUUCACCCUCCCUCAUCUUAUCUUGUGUAUCAUAUUUCUUACUAUGUUAUAUUAUUCAUUACAAAUAAAAUUAAAUGCAAACAUUAUAAUUAUUUGAAAUGGAGGAUAUGUCAUUGUCAUCGACCUUGAAUAUGUACCAUUGAGGCCUGAUGCCUUCACUGCAGUCUGCAGUGGCUUUUAACCAAACAGAAUUUUCUGUCUUAUCAUAGCUUUUCAUACUGCUUAAAAAUGUUGUUCAACAACAUUGUUUCUUGACUCAAAUAGUGCUACAGCACACUGUACUGGAUUGUUGUGAAACAAACUAUCACAUCAGUUACCUAGAAAGAAGACUUGCGAACUAUGUAAAUAUUCUUGUACAGCAUGCAGUAUGCUUGGAGCCCCAAUAAUUUUAUUAAAUGGAAUCUUUCCAAAGUUCUAUACACAUACCAUUCCAGCAUCUAGAUUUCUGAAAACUACUUUUUUCCUAGUGAUACUGUGUGUACACAAUAUUGUAAACAAUCGAUGUAUGUUGGAGAGUUUUACAAAUAAUGCAGCCAUGCCAUGGCUGUGUUACAUAGUCUUGUAGAUGGUUGUAAGAAAAAAUGAAAUCUGUGGAUAUCAAAUUUCAUCAUAAUGAAAUGCUUCUUUAAUUGUACCUACUUCUAAAAUCUAUCUGCAUUGGUAUAUUCUAAGCCGCUAAUAGACAAUUUCAAGUUCAGUGUUUCAAAGCAAAAUGCAAGUGAUAGACAAUAUAAUUUGGUUUGAAACAAAAUUUUGCAACCUAACCUGAAGGUGUCAGACUUUCCUUGGUGGAUCUUGUGUUGUUACAUUGCUGUCUAUAUGGAAUUAAAACUAUUUUCCAUGUCAUGUGGACUGAAAA